AUAGACUUAGGAAAAUUGGCUGGCACACAACAGUGAUUUCCUCUCUCGAAAUGGUGCAAACCUCUAGCCCAGCAAGCCCUCCCUCCCCCUUUUCUCUCUCCCCGCGCCUCCCCCUCUUUCGCAUUUAUUCCAUCCCUCCCCUUUCAGUCCUUAGACUCAAGGAGAAACAAAGCUAUUUCCCCCAGCCCCGAGAAAAGGGAGGAGCAGGCAGCAGGACUAUCAGCGAACGAAUCAAUAGUUUGCGAAUGAAAUAGACUGGGGCCAGCCGGAAAGGCACGCAGUUCCUGCUUCCAGCAGCCUUGGGGGCUAGGGCGGUGGCUCGGCUCCGGCUGGGUCCCGGCAGAAGAGAUCUUCGUCCUCUGCGGCAGCAGGACUGAUGUUCCAAGCCUGAGAUUCUCAGAUACCCUGGUGAUCGUGACGCCUAGGACACGGGACCCGAAGCCUAACGAGUCUACCUGAGGCUAGAUUGCUGCCCGAGUCCUUCUCCGAAGAGACCACGAGAGUCCAUCUUGGCUGCCCACCACUUUGUCCGCUUCCCCACUUCCCAGUCAGUUUGCCUGCCCGCCUAGCUCUCUGCCUUUCACUGCUGCUUGCUGCCCUCCCCAGGCUUAGGGCAGGUUGUAGAAAACGGCGCGCCAGGCUCGACAACGCUGGAAUCAACCUUCAAGAUCCGCAGCGAUGCGUUGGAGGAGCAUGCUGCUGGCAGCCAUCACCCUCACCUUACUCAGCAUCUUCUUAGUCAUUUGGAUGUUAACUUGGAACUGGUCUGUCCAUUACCUCCCAUAUUACCUUCCUUGCCCAGAAGCCUUUUCUAUGAAAUUGCCAGCUACAGAAGAAAAGAAAUUUCGACCUUUUCCCCAGUUACUCUAUCCUCAGCCAAAGUUGCUAGAGCAGCAACGCAAAGAUGUAUUGACGCUUACACCAUGGCUGGCUCCAAUUGUCUCUGAAGGGACAUUCAACUCAGAGCUCCUGAAUAAUGCCUACCGGCCCCUGAAUCUCACCAUCGGGGUCACAGCAUUUGCUGUUGGAAAAUAUACAAGAUUUGUCCGUCGUUUCCUGGAGUCAGCUGAAGAAUUCUUCAUGCAAGGCUUUCAGGUGAACUAUUACAUCUUCACUGAUGACCCAGAGGCAAUACCCCAUGUUCCCCUGGGACCUGGCCGGAACCUCUCAGUCAUCCCCAUUCAGGGCUUUUCACACUGGGAGGAAAUUUCCAUGCGGAGAAUGGAGUCGAUCAACAAAUUCAUUGCCUCCAGGGGCCAUCGGGAAGUAGACUAUCUCUACUGUCUAGAUAUAGACAUGGUGUUCUGGAAUCCUUGGGGGGCUGAGACUUUAGGAGACUUAGUAGCUGCCAUUCACCCUGGCUAUUUUACUGUUCCUCGAUGGCAGUUCCCUUAUGAACGGAGGCCCUUGUCCACAGCUUUUGUUGCUGAUGGUGAGGGAGACUUCUACUACGGUGGGGCAGUCUUUGGUGGCCGAGUGGAAAGGGUGUAUGAGUUCACAGGAGGCUGUCACAUGGCCAUUCUGGCAGACAAAGCCAACGGCAUCAUGGCUGCCUGGCAGGAGGAGAGCCACCUGAAUCGGCGCUUCAUUUCCCACAAGCCCUCCAAGGUCCUGUCUCCUGAGUAUCUCUGGGAUGACAGGAAGCCCCAGCCACCCAGCUUGAAGCUGAUUCGCUUUUCUACACUGGACAAAGACUCCAUUAACUGGAAGGACUGAUGGACCCAGGCCAAAGGCCUUCAGUCCUUACCCAAGGCUACUGAGAGACUGAGGUGACCAGAACUUUCUCCGGUCAUCAAAAGCUUGGUGAUGAGGUACUAAGGAUGAGACUGAAAGUAAGGAAGCCAUGGAGUGAGUUUUUUUAAAGGGCACUCAGGAUCCAUGUAAAAGAAAACCUGUGGCUUUAUACAUAAGCUGCUACCUUCGACGUUUGUUCUCAUCCAAAGCAUUCCCAUCCCACUUUAGUGUCACAGUGAUUGAAAACUGACCAUUUUAGCAUUUCAUAAGCAAUCCCCAAGAAUGGCAAAGGGGAAUGAGAACAUGUCGAUAUUUAAUUUGUUCAUCAAAUAAUUUCCUCCUGUUACUAAAGGAGGAUGCUGGUUACCUAGAAGGAAAGAAAAAUCCUGAACAUGGAGGAAAACUUUGGACUCAGACUUCACUAAGUUUGUAGCUUUGUUGAGCCGUUUUUUUUGGUUUUGUUUUGUUUUGUUUUUAAUGAAAAAGAGAUAGAGGAACUGAGCUGCUAAAUUAAACUUAAGGGGAAAAUGUAAUAAGAAGCAAACACAAAAUGACAUGGGUUUUUGCCCUGGCUUUGGUGCUUACUACUGUUGGCUGUGUGACCUAGAGCAAAUUAUCUCUUUGAACUUCAGCCUACCUACUUGUAAAAUGUAAAGAAACAUUUCCCUGCUGAGCUCACAGUGGUGUUGUGAGGGUUGAAUAUGAAUGUGAAAGUGCUUUGUGAACUGUAAAACUCUAUGUACUUGUGAA